AUGAGCAACAAAAUAUCAGAUCUUACAUCUACACAAAAUAAGCCUCUCCUUGUUACGCAGCAACUAAUUGAAAAAUACUAUGAACAGAUCCUGGGCAGUUCUCAAAAUAUAAUUCCCAUUUUAAACCCUAAGAACAAGUCUAGUAGGCUUAAUAAGGAUAAUGCGAACGCUGAAAGAGUUGAGGAGGAUAUCGGUAAAAGACUGCAAACUGGUAGGAACAAAACUACGAACACAGUAAAUUUUAACCUGGACACAGGAAACGAAGAUAAACUUGAUGAUGACCAGGAGACAGUCACUGAAAAUGAAAAUAAUGAUAUCGAAAUGGUUGAGGCGAGUGAAGGUGAAGAUGAAGAGCAAAGGACAUCUUUAGCCAGUAAAUGCAAGUCAUUUCUUUAUAAUGUUUUUGUGGGCAAUUAUGAAAGGGACAUUCUUAUCGACAAGGUCUGUUCACAGAAGCAACAUGCGAUGUCGUUUGAAGAAUGGUGUUCUGCAGGUGCAAGAUUGGAUGAUCUCACUGGGAAAACAACAUGGAAGCAGAAAGUGGAAAGCCCUUUGUAUGAUUACAAGUUAAUAAAAGAUUUAACUUCUCGAAUGCGUGAAGAGCGCUUGAACAGGAAUUAUGCUCAACUGUUGUAUAUCAUAAGGACCAACUGGGUGCGAAACCUGGGAAAUAUGGGGAAUGUAAACCUAUAUAGGCACUCCCAUGUAGGUACCAAAUACUUAAUUGACGAGUAUAUGAUGGAGUCCAGGCUAGCAUUAGAAUCGCUAAUGGAGUCCGAUCUUGAUGAUAGUUACCUUUUGGGUAUACUGCAACAGACAAGAAGGAAUAUUGGUCGUACCGCUUUAGUUCUUAGUGGGGGUGGUACUUUUGGUCUUUUCCACAUUGGUGUCCUUGGUACUCUAUUUGAAUUGGAUUUAUUACCCAGAGUGAUCAGUGGUAGCAGUGCUGGUGCAAUUGUAGCCAGUAUACUAUCUGUACAUCAUAAGGAAGAAAUUCCGGUUUUACUAAAUCAUAUCCUGGAUAAAGAAUUUAACAUUUUCAAAGAUGACAAACAGAAGAGUGAAAGCGAAAAUUUACUAAUAAAGAUAUCUAGGUUUUUCAAAAACGGUACCUGGUUCGAUAACAAACAUUUAGUAAAUACAAUGAUAGAAUUUUUGGGAGAUUUAACAUUCAGGGAAGCAUAUAAUAGAACGGGGAAAAUUUUGAACAUAACCGUUUCGCCAGCAUCGUUAUUCGAACAACCACGCUUACUAAAUAAUCUAACUGCACCAAACGUCCUAAUUUGGUCUGCCGUUUGUGCAUCAUGUUCAUUACCGGGAAUCUUCCCCUCGAGUCCCCUUUACGAAAAAGACCCUAAGACGGGAGAAAGGAAACCAUGGACUGGUAGUAGUUCUGUCAAGUUUGUCGAUGGUUCUGUGGAUAAUGACUUGCCUAUAUCUCGUCUUUCUGAAAUGUUUAAUGUUGACCAUAUUAUUGCAUGCCAAGUGAAUAUCCACGUGUUCCCGUUUUUGAAACUAUCAUUAUCCUGUGUAGGCGGAGAAAUUGAAGACGAAUUUAGUGCAAGAUUAAAGCAAAACUUAUCCAGCAUAUACAAUUUCAUGGCCAAUGAAGCUAUUCAUAUUUUAGAAAUUGGCAGUGAGAUGGGGAUUGCCAAAAACGCCCUUACGAAACUGAGAUCGGUAUUAUCUCAACAAUACUCUGGCGACAUCACUAUCUUGCCCGACAUGUGUAUGCUUUUUAGGAUAAAGGAGCUGCUUUCAAACCCAACAAAAGAGUUUUUAUUAAGGGAAAUCACCAAUGGUGCAAAAGCUACGUGGCCUAAGGUUUCCAUUAUUCAAAAUCACUGUGGUCAAGAAUUUGCUCUGGAUAAGGCGAUCUCUUAUAUCAAAGGUAGGAUGAUUGUCACUUCUUCUCUGAAGACCCCCCUACAAUUUGCAGAUUCAGUUAUUGGAUUAAUUAAAGCUCCAGAGCAAACCUCAAAGGAGCCGAAAGACCCAGCAAAUUCGACGUUGCUAACAAGGACUCCAACUAAGGGUGACAAUCAUAUUUCCAAUGUCUUAGACGACAACUUAUUAGAAUCUGAAUCGACCAACUCUUUGUUACUUCUACGGGAAAAUGCAAGCACAUAUGGGCGGUCACCUUCCGGGUUUAGACCGCGAUAUUCCAUUACCUCUGCCUCACUAAAUCCGCGUCAUCAAAGAAGGAAAUCAGAUACUAUUUCAACUUCAAGGCGACCAGCGAAAUCUUUUUCAUUUUCAGUUGCCUCUCCCACAUCUAGAAUAUUGAGACAAUCUAGCAAAAUUAACGGGCACCCUCCGCCAAUUCUGCAAAAAAAGACAAGCAUUGGCCGACUAAUGUUUCCUAUGGAUGUCAAAACCUAUGAGCCGGAAAGUCGUGAACUUAUCCCACAUUCUGCCAGCAUUGAAACACCUGCCAUGGUAGAUAAGAAACUGCAUUUUGGCCGGAAGAGUAGAUAUUUAAGGCAUAUGAACAAAAAAUGGGUCAGCAGUAGCAACAUAUUGUACACAGAUCCAGAUAAAGAAGAUCAUCCCACAUUGAGACUCAUAAGUAAUUUCGAUUCAGACGCAAUGAUUCAUAGUGAUUUGGCAGACAAUUUUAGGCGUCAUAGCAUUGAUGGAAGACCCCCUUCUCAAGCUACAAAGAGCUCACCAUUUCGAUCGAGGCCUUCAUCUUCAAUGCAUCAGAAAAGCACCACUAAUAUAACCCAUUAA